AUGAAGUCCCAAGCAACAAGACCUCGGCACAAUGAACAAAGAACUCCAAUAAGAUCUGCUGGGGAAGCCGAGUUAGUGAAACAACAUUAUGAAGAAGCUUUUGCAUUGGUCAGUCAAGCAUUGGGUUAUGAUGAACAAGCGCUUACCGAUCUAGCGAUAACUUUCUAUGAUAAGGCACUAAAAAGCUUGGCAAAGGGACUGGACAUACCAUGUGAUGAACCAGGGUGUGUGGGAAGAGAAUGGAACAACGCGAGAAGCAUGCAGACAAAGAUGAAACGAAUGACUGUGCAAAUGAAAUCACGCUUAGAAAAUCUUAAACGGCAAAGGGUUGUUGCUCCCACAGCACCACCAAAGGAGAAUGGUCUCUCAUCGCAGAUGGAAAUUAAUGCUGGCCUCAUGUAUGACGGGGAGCCGCCAUCAUAUGCCGAGUCUGAAGCCAGUGCGGAAGAGAUAAUCUGCAUCCAGGAAGGAGUGCAGAUCUAUUUUCUCAACUCCCAAGGACACGUCAGUGCUCCCAGUGCCCCAGGUCCACUCAGAAUAUUUAAGUUUCUGAAUCAGGAGAAUGCAGAGGGUGCCGCCCAUCAGGUAGAUCAGCCACCUGCCUUUAUACAGGUUUGUGAUUGGGUCUACCCUCUGGUUCCCGGGCAAUCCCCUGCGCUGAAGAGUUUAGAUGGAUCUUAUCUUUUCCCAGAUGUUAAUGCACCUGAACAGGGAUCGUAUGUGGGGUUGAUUUUAUCAACGGAUGUGAAACGCACUCAGAUAGAGACGUUUGAAAAGAUGUUGGUUUCAUUCGCUGCCGUUGGAGUACAGAGGCGUGGCAAGACACCAACUCCAAUGAGACCGCCCCCACCACAGACACGACCACUGAGUGCUACAAGCAGUAGACCAGAACGAAUAUCAAAACCGUCACAGACAGUUACAAUGCGGCCCACACCACACACAUCAGACCAUGAGAGACCACCUGCAUAUGAUGUGUCUACGAGCUCUCACGCUAGACGAACAGUUGCUGAUGAUGAGAAAGAGGAGGAGCCAGAAAGCCUGGAAAAAGACAAUCUGCCACAUUGGAGUGAAUCUUUAUCACAUGACAUCAUCAAAGGUGCUGGAUGGUUUUCACGGGGAUUGGGUAUAGGGGCAGAGGCCGCUGGUAAAUUCGUGCAUAAGGAGGCUGCCAAAUUAAGAGAGCAGUUACAACCAAAUGAACAACCGACUGAAGUUGAUCCAAAAUAUCAGAAAGGAUUGGAGUAUGCCAAACAAGCGACAGGUGUUGCUGUGAAGGUGAGUGGGUUUUUGAUUGAUGUACUCUGUGAUGUCACUAAGAAGAUUGGUAAAGAGGUUGGUCCUGUCAUCAGACAGGAGGGGGAGAAAUAUAUACCAGGUAAUUGGAAGAGCUCUAGUGAUGCUGAAAGUAGUGAUGAAGUAGAUGGCGCCAUUCAUGUUGCAGCCUCGGGACUUGGAGGUAUGAAUAUACACUCAUGCCUUUUCACCACAUUUGUUAAAUGUUGUAACCUUCCUCUGCAUAUUGUUAAUAAAUAA